AUGAUAGGAUCGAACAGCGACGUCGCUAUCUUGGUGAUCCACGACUUGUUCGGAUGGACCUUCCCCAACAUCCGUCUGCUGGCCGAUGCGUAUGCAGAGGAGGUCAACGCCACAGUCUAUGUGCCAGACUUCUUUGGCGGGGAAGUCCUCCCAUCCGAUAUCCUGAGCAAGAACCCCUCCGAAUGGGGCUCACUGGAUCUACCAGCUUUCACCGCACGCAACAGCAAAGAUAUCCGGAAAGCCUGA